UCAUACCGAAUGCAUCUGAACAUUUAUUCAUAAGUAAAUCUGAUCCCCUGAAGCCAACGGCAAUCUUAAGCCGAAUCAUGAUUUAUAACUGGUUAUGUACAAUUUAAAGAUAUACGAUUUUUUUUGUUAACACUCAUUUCCAACCGCUUCAAGUUAAUAUCGCAUCUGUUGUUCCACUAAGCUCACAGAUCCCGGCUAACUAAUCCAACUGCGCGCUUCUUAUGACUGCACCCGUAGCAGCAUCAACGACUGCAGCGCGUUGACAAGAGCUACGUUGUUAGGUAAAGAAAAUAGGUAGGUUCAUCCAAUUAUCGCUCAUCUAUUUCAAGCACGCGCGCGACUCAUUACUCUCGGAAAUCGUUGACUGGACGACUGUAAAUAGCAAACAGGCAACUACCCAAUAACUUAUUGUCGUCUGCUGAUCGAGUGCAGACGAUAGCAGCCAUGGCCACAGUAUUAAGCAAAGCAGACUAAGCAGAACCGUAGCGUUAAUGCACUAAGUCCGCCUUCUUGAAAAAUCGUAGCGCACGAGCCUAGUUGUAACAGUAUUCAGAUGCUACUGUAUCCUUAGUAGGAGAUCUUAUCGCAGGCCUCCGGCACACUCCAGACCCAAGCGCUAAAUAUUAAGAUUUCGAACUCUGGUCAACGCGGUAGACCGCCACAAACCAACGAGAAGUGGUAACAACGUCGUUGUAAACAUAAAUGGCUGCGCCCUGGUUGAAGUUCUGGGAGAGUGAAAUGGUGCGGCGGUGUGAACGGCGUUGGUUCAGAAGCAACGCCAACAGCUUAAAGAGAACAACAUCAGGCCACAGUGAAAAGCAGCCGCAGCGGAGACUAGGUCUGUAGCAGCACCAACGCUGGUAGUUGUAGCAGCUGCACUAGCAGCCGUAUCGAAAUGAAUGCAGAAAUUCAGGGCGCUACGAUAUGUGGCGAUGCAAUGUGAUGCAGCUGGACUAGCUAAACGAAAUCAAAAUACGUAUGGUUAUUAUAAGCGUAUAGGGAAAGUGUGGCAGCGCACGGUACACGUUAAACCCGCCGUUGCAGCAGCUAUUAUGUAAUUGCGAUCAAGUAAGUCCGCGAUCUCCUGGUAAUCGGCGCAUGUUGCUAUCACCGUUGUUGUCAACGCUAAAUGCUCGCUAUAUAAGUGUUUUUUUGUAGAACGUGGAAUUUCUAUUCAUGUUAGCGAUAACAGAGAUGGUCGCUGUCGUCGGUGGCGUUGAGCUUCUCAGUUAGAAGCGAGUUAGGCGAAGAGAGGUUUGAACGAAAUUGCCGAGUGCGAAAAGACGAAAUCAGACGGCACUCGGCCCAGACCGAGAGGCUGGAGGGCAAAGGUUGGCCGCGGCCGCCGAUGCUAAAUGAACCUAUGAUUCACGGUUUAUUGCGAAUGGUGUCGACAUAGUGGUUGGAAAGUGAGCUUGUACGAUAAACUACCCUGGAGAAAGAACAAUAGAUCUAUCUGUUCAGCUGUCUAUCGUUCUACGUCAAGCCGGAAAAAUAACAGCGGCGGUGACUGGAACAACUGGCCAGAGAUUGCUGUUGGCGUGGUGGCAGUACAAGAAAAUACCGAAUACCUGAUAGGCCUGUAACAAUCGAAUAACAACGACUGUCACUAGAAAUCGUGGUCACGAUGGACAGUUCCCAAGAAGAGGUCGUCUAUGGAAGCGAUGCGGCUGAAACGACUCAUGAGGGGUCUACCGGAGGCCAGGACGUUAUGUCCGAAAAGGUAGAGAACUUGGCACGGGACAUCUACGCGGAAUUCAAGCGAAUGAUGGACAGGUAUGAUCAAGACGUUGUCAAGGAUCUCAUGCCCUUGGUGGUUAACGUCCUGGAGAGCCUAGAUCUGGCCGGCAUUGAAAACCAGGAACAUCAGGUCGAGCUCGAAUUAGUGAAAGAGGACCACGAGCAGCUGGUGACGCAGUAUGAACGUGAGAAGUGUCAUCGAAAAAAUGCCGAACAACGACUUCUCGAGGUGGAGUUCUCUAACGAUGAAGAACGAAAUGAACUGCAGUCUAAGGUCGAAAGUCUCGAAAGCAUUGUUCGUAUGCUUGAAAUGAAGGCCAAAAAUUCAGCGGAUCACGCCUCGCGACUUGAGGAUAAAGAAAACGAAAUGAAAAAAGAGUAUGCCAAACUUCAUGAACGCUACACCGAGCUGUUUAAGACCCAUUUUGACUAUGUUGAGAAAACAAAAAUUCUCUUUGGAGCUAGCCAAAAUGCCAAACAAGGACAGGGCCAAACGAUGCCCACGACACCUGUCGAAGCUUCCAGUCGACUAGCAAAAGUAAGUGCUGAUAUCCGAUCGCCGGAGGAGUUGCACAAGGGUUGGAAACUUGAACAAUUUUCCCCGGACAAAGAUCUGUCAAUGAGCGAAGCUCUUAGUCAACCAUCUGAAACAACCAUGGUUGAACCAAUUCAAGACAAGACACGGGUACGGCGGCCAAACACUCUUUAUCAGGAGUGCAAAUUUGCCGACAAAGAAGAUCAGCGGAAUAAUGGAAAACAGAAUUCAGCAGCUCCAACGGACGAAGACGCUUUCGAUGCUGGCGCAGGAGCUGUAGUCGACCCGGCAGAAUUUGCCUCAUCAGUGAGCGACAAUAUCUUCGGAAUGGGUAAAGAGGUAGAAAACAUCAUUCUCGAGAACAUUGAGCUGCUAGCAACAAAGAACGCCUUAAAUAUUGUUAAGGACGAUCUGAUUGCACGGGUUGACCAGCUGACAUCGGAGAAGGACGUAUGCGAGGAACGAUUGCGCCAAACCGAGUCACAACGAGAUGCUGCCCGCGAACGAGUCGAAGCUCUCGAAACAGAGAUCAAAAGGCUUAAGGAGGAGGCCGACAGACUGGCACUAGAGCGGGAACAGGGUGACACGGCCGUACCGAUGUCACAGAGAAAGCGAUUUACUCGGGUCGAAAUGGCACGAGUGCUUAUGGAGCGUAACCAGUAUAAGGAGAAGCUUAUGGAGUUGCAAGACGCCGUUCGCUGGUCAGAGACCCUGAAAGCAACAAAGCUAACAGAAGGGUCAGCUUUUGACAAACCACACACCGGCGGAGGCGGGAUUUUCAAAUUCCCGAACUUUAGCAAUUUGUUCGCAUCGGACAAAGGCAAAACGCCAACGGCGCCGUUGGGUCCUGGGAGUACAGCUUCGAAGGACCGAGAGCCAAGGACGAAAGCGUCACUGCAAAACAUCCGAUUGCGCGAUGGAAUCUCGGAGCGCAAAGCUAAGGAGCGAAGAGAUCAGCUCAAAAAAGUGAAAGCCCAUGUAGCCAAGGAUGAUAUCGGACGGGUACAAGCAUACGGCUGGUCCUUGCCAACAGCCAACGGACAGAGUCCCCUACAAAGUGUACCGGUACCAGUUUUCUGUCGACCCCUUGAUCAGAAUGAUCCUAAUCCUCAGCUCAAGGUAUGGUGCGCAUCAGGUGUUCAUCUUCCACAGUCAGCGAUGCCACGAGAACAGUUGCAGGACUCCGGGGCUCAGACGGGCAGCCAGCUGGCUGAGAUGACACUGUCGUCACUUGUCUGGAUCUGCUCCGGAGUGCAAAGUCGCUUCUCCCAGGUUUCAGUUAUAGAUGCGAACAAUCCGGCGGAAGUGCUAGAGACAUUCAGGAUUGGCACAAGUCUCAUUCUGUGCAUACAAAGCGUGCCUGGCGUCCGCGAGGAUGAUUUUAUUUGCAAUGAGGCCUAUUUAUCAGCUUGCAUUAACGUGGAAAAUAAGUCCAAUGAAAGCGGAAUAAUGACCAAGGCAGAGCCCGGUUUAAACGCCGUAUCUGAAAUGGUCCGGGAACAUAAUGCAGAUCGACCGGGUUUUAAAGGUGGAGACGCGGAAACCAGAGGCGUUUACCCCAAUGCAACCCUUGGUGCUGACCAGGAGUAUCUAGCGCCAGCACAACGGGAAGGAGCCAGUGUGGUCGACGUCCCUUCACCGGAAACGGAGGCCGGCGUAGAGCCUCUACCACAUGACCCUCCUCAGCAAGCUGCCAGGCCACAAACGACUGGCUCUGCACCAAUAACACCAGAAAAGAUGUCAACCCAACUUCCGACCAUGUGGAUGGGAGCACAAAAUGGCUACCUUUACGUACAUAGCUCAAAAGCAGACUGGAGCACAUGCAUUCUUAAGUUUAAACUUUCGGACUGUGUCCUAUCGAUCGUUCACCACCGGGGACGGGUAUUUUGCUCGUUGGCAAAUGGCCGGUUGGCUAUAUUUCAUCGGGAUCCAGUGACACGGGAAUUUAGCGCAAGUCAUUUUAGAGAAAUUGUGGUGUCUCCAGAACCCGAAAAGCACUCGUUACAUUGUGUUGGGGUCGUUCUCGACACGAAGAUUUGGUGCGGCUAUCGGAAUACGAUGGCAGUGCUGGACGCCCAGACGCUGGAUAUGGAAACGCGUUUCAGUGUUCACCCUCGCAAGGACAGCCAGGUUCGUAAAAUGGCGUCGGCUAGCGAGGGAGUCUGGAUCACGAUACGCUUAGACUCGACCUUCCGACUGUACCACGCGCGGACGCAUCAACAUUUACAGGACGUUGACAUUGAGCCCAUGAUUAGCCGGAUGAUCGGCGCAGGCAAACUGGGAUUCUCAUUUGUGCGUAUAACUUGUAUUGGCAUCACGUGCAAUCGCCUAUGGAUAGGCACAGGCAACGGUGUUAUUCUGAGUUUACCUUUGCUCGCUACGUCGAGUCAGAGCAAUUCUUCAGCGAAGACGACGUUGAAAAAGUUAACCUCAACACAGUCUCUACCGGAUGCCGCAGCCGGGCCAACUGGGUUUGAGGAAACGGCGACGACGACCGCCGCGGACGCUGAAGGUGGACCUUAUUCGUUAGGGGCAACGAAUCCGAUUUCGCCCGUGGCGGAACAACCUGUCCGCUUCGUACCGCCAUCGCUGCCUGGCUCCUGUUUGCGCGUGGACGAUCUCUCCAUUCCGUAUUGCAACAUCACGCAGGCACAGUUGUCAUUCCACGGCCACAAAGAUAGCGUACGUUUCAUUUUGGGUGUACCGGGAACUGGUGGGAUGAUAUCCACUACGUCGCCAGCCGCGGUCAAUCAGGAGGGUGGCACGACGCCGCCGGCAAGGUGUAUGUUUGUCUUGAGCGGUGGUGAGGGCUAUGUCGACCUUCGCAUGGAUGAGGAAAAUGUAGGAAGCGAAUCGCUGUCAGACAAGUCAGACCUCAGCCACCUAAUCGUAUGGGAAGUAGCUCUGUAACUGGUGUUAUCGGAAAUAAUAGUUUACAGAUAACACCUUUAGCCGCGCAAGCGGGAGUGCCUGACCACAACGCGGUAAGGCUUCGUAAGCGCGCGAGGAGAAAAUACAGUGACUUCGCUGAAGUUUUAUUUAUCUUCCCACACGACUCAGUGUGGUUACUAUGUGAGAAAGUUAAUAUUUUGCAGUUGGUGUAGUUUCAGUGAGGUAUUGCGAAACCACGCCUCAGAUUCAAUACUGAAAAAGAUGGCACAGCAUGACCAAGCGGGAGGAUAUCGUAGCUCUACACAGCAGCAAAAUGGCGUGUCUAAGACAAAUUUAAAUUAUACACGAAAACCAGUUGUAACGAAGUGGAGUCGUAGAGGAGAUUAAGUUCAUGGCUGGCCUACUAUAUCACAGUUUGAGGAAACAUGGAGACGACACUUGCGGCAUGUUCCAAAGAGCCUAUUUAUUUGAGGCGGUAAGGACGUUUGUGUCCAAAAUCGCUCUUUCUGGUAGUGUUGACAAAAAGGGCGCACGCAUAGGAAUCAAAGUAUGUCCCUGUGUACGUCCCCAACAAGCUCUACAGAUACUAUGUUGCGGGACCCACCAUAAUGCUUACCACGUUUUGUGUGAUUCAUUGUUUUAAAAUCCACGUAUAUAUAUAUAUAUAUAUAUAUAUAUACAUAUAUAAGAUCUCCGUAAUACGGAAUAUUACGGAGAUCCCCCUUUCUGCAUUGGCUGACGGUAAAUAUUAUUUCUAUUCCACUGAUUCCGUGUUUAGUGUUAAGCACAAGUUCAGCUCACUUCAUUGCAACAAAAACCGGACAUAACCAUUGUCCAUCAUCAACUAUAGGGAUGAUUCUUUUCGCUUUCGCGUUUUUUUUUUGAUGAAGUCAUCAAUUAACAUUGAAACCGUAUAAUAUUGAAAAUUAUGAUUACCGUAAACUUUAAUAUUAACUGGAGUAUUACUAUCAUCGUAUUACAUUACGAUGUUGCAGUUAUUAAAAGUUGGAUAGGGAUACUGCUUCUAUUUAUAAAAAUAGGUCGUACCCUAGGUUUAGUAUCGUGUGGAGCUGUGACAUAUGUUAAAUACAAUAAAUCAAUAGAUACAGAGUGAAUGACUAUAGAAAGGCGAAUUUCCAAGGGUAAUUUUAGAGCCUGUGUGCGAAUAUAUUGCACUAUUAUACUGCAGCUGUGCCUGCCUGCCUGUCUGUCUGUGUGUUGAUAACUCCACACAUAUUAACAACUAUGAGUACCCAUUUAAAGAGAUAAUAUAAUUAUUUAAAGCUUCAUUUAGACUGUUACAAGCGAAUCCAGCGAAGUUUGAAAUUGAAUAACUUUUGAACUACACGCCGCUAGCAAACAAAAUUUGAUUAGUAAUUAAUCGAGUGUUCUAGGAUUCUGUGAGUAGGAACCAGUCGAGUUUACUUUAGGAAAGAGAGGGAAGAAUAUCUUCUAGUUUCGAAAAUCAAUGCUCAGUGGUGAAGUUCUUGUUUCCCACAGCGCUGCGGAAAUUCAUUGAAGAUUAAUGAGAAAGAACAUUAGACCAGGAGGCCUUACGCGUUUCCCACAGCGCUGCGGAAAUUCAUUGAAGAUUAAUGAGAAAGAACAUUAGACCAGGAGGCCUUACGCGAAAGAAGCACACUACGUAAAUGAUGCAGAUAUUUCAAUAAAAAACAUCUGAAUAUUGAAGGCCAGCAAGGAGGUGACCAGAUUUCGGGGCGCGAAGAAAGGGGAUGGACUGAAGCAACCAAGGGGCCUUUCCACAGAGAUAGAGCUUGAAGCCAAAGCUCGCAAUUCACAUGUAUCAUGUUAUAAAAUGAUAAACUAAACUAUUGACAAUGUGGAAACCGAGUAAAGAAUUAGUCUCAGGUAAACGGACUUCCGGACAGUCGAAAAUGUGUGUACUGUAUUCCUCGUGCAAUUUACGGAACCUGAACCAGCAAAAAAAUCCGCUCACAGCAUACGAUUGCCACAGAAUACACAUCGCUCAACCUCUACCGCUAGUUCGGGAAAGAGCAGGCGUGAGAAUGGCAUAGGCCUAAAGAGGAACCGAGUUCAAUACCAGUGUCGAGUGAGUUCGGACUAGAGAUUCUACGAGUAUUUGCAAUGGGCAUCAGAGGCGUCUACUACUAUGGGGUAGCCGCUGAAAGUGAACUGAGCGCAACUAGCUAUCUCAAGUUCCUCAGGAUACUCAUAAAUUGUUGGCACGGCAAUCGAAAGGGGGCAGUUUGGUUACUUGAUAAUGACGCUAGACUUAAUCGCCAUGCCUCAAUUACUUUUUCGGACUAAACGAAAGAAUAUCCAAUGUUGAAUUAUACCAUUUUCUUCUUUCCGUUUAGGUUUGUGUGAUUACACGGCUCUUCGCACCCUAGGAAGGGGGGGUGAAAAGACAUAUCCCACUAUCGAUUUACCUCAACAAGUUAUAGAUAGAGAAGACACAUAUGAGAAUGCGACUGGUAGGUAUAUAGCUGUCCAGAGACGAAACAAGUAUGUAAAUAAUAAAGGAGGAUAUCUCUUGUGAGUAUUGCAAAAUCAUUCUAGCCCAACUAGUUCAAAAAGUGACCGGUUUUGAAGUCCGCCAAAUUCGGUUGUAACAGCCUAAUAUAAUUAACGGAGAAGAGCAACUAAUAUAAUUGUGCGAGGAAUAGUUGUGGCAGCAGCAGCAACAACAGGUGUGAUGUAAGAACGUUUGCGUCAACAUUCGUAGUAGUCUGACGCAACGUCGAAACGAUUUCCGUGACGGAUAUUGUGACGGCGAUGUGAACCUGCACUAGAGGCAACCUACGACGCGAACGUUUUGCGAAAAAAAAAUCGACAAAUACAAUGCUACCAAAUGUUGUAGGGGCUAAGCGGAUUGUUUAUUGUAUUGUAUAAGUUCGAUUACUGUAGUUGCACUGUGACAAGUCGUUUUUUUUGUUUUUUUUUUUGAUUUUUCAUGUUCUUGUUGCUUUUUUAGCGUGUGGACGUACAAAGUGCAUAUUCUGAUAAUAAAAAGAGAUAGGAAAAAAGUAGCUCGAAGAGUAACAAAUGUCAGAAGACGUUUUAAUUAGUCUCGUAUUGUAUUUUGUGCGUCUAAUGUAAGGAAAAACAAAUAAACAGGACUAGUCUUAAAGUUGAGUUGAUGAGGGCUGAACAUUACGAAAGAUAUACGUACUAUAUAAUGUAUGUUUAAUCUGAGGCCGAGCAUUAAUUGGACUAGAGCACAAACAGUGGUGAAGGUUUACAGGCUGGGUAACAAAAAGAUUUGUCAUUUGGCUCCGGAUGUUUUCGCUAGUUAAAAGACCGAAUCAACUUUAUGAUGAAUUGCUUGAUUGCCACAAGACGCUGGGAUGAACACACUCCGAUUUCCGCAUAAAUUAAGGACCUUUAUUAUUAAUUAAAUCCAAUAACGAGUCGUGGUUUAGUCUCUUCAUUCAGGCGGUUCCUGACCUUAUUUUGUGAAAGGCAUGCAUCUUUCGUUAUUUUCGAAGAGUCGGCUAUGCUUGUAUCAUCCUCCCAGACAAGAUUGCCUUUUGUAUGUAUCAGAAAUUGUCACGGUGACUACUCUAAGCCAUGUGAAAUAGUGCAGUGUAUGAAAAUAAAUUUUCGUAAGUAGUAAUUUCCUAAUAUUUCUUAAAACGAGUCAUCAGCUUCUUAAAAAAUCUUUGAAGUGCGCUUUGCAACUCCAGUCAUUAUAAAUCGGCCUACCCUACCCUGAUCGCCAAUGCAUCUUCAGCAAGAAAAGUAGACUUAGGUUGGUUUCAAUAUUAACUCACAUAAUGACCAUGCUGGGUUCCUGAUUAGUCGGGGGACACUAUAGUACCGAGGGUUGGUCCUUUUUAAUAGAAUUAACUGAAAAUUUUUAUCUGAGAUAUAUGUCUGUACAUAUACAUGAUUUCAAGGCCUUUUUAGCAAAGUGAAUUUUGCCCGAAAGGCGUUGGUCGGCGCGCGCCCAUCAGACUGCCUGGAAAACACUUCACGUACUAAAUUUGGUACUAGUACUGCCCGUCUUAUUUACGAUUCGGCAAGAACCUUUUUGAAGUAGGCCUUUCAUUAUUUUCAACUCGUUCGAAGUAAGUCUCGUAAUAGACAUUUAAGAAAAGUUCAGGGUUUAAACGUCAAACUGCACGACUUCUGCACUUAUUUUUGACGUUACCUCCAGGUCAAGUAAUCGAUGAUGUUUAGCUGCAGAGCGCACGAUUUCAAAGGUAAAGGCAAACGAGUAAAAAACUUCUGGGUUACAUGAAGUCCGAACUUCUCGCAUUAAGCAAAUGAGU